UCUACCUCUUUUGUAGUCUUGUAUAUAUUUAAUAAUUUUAACUAACUAAAAUACACAAAUAAUGAUUUAAAUAUUUUCCUAGUAAAUAUGUAUCAGUCAUUCAUUGAUACUAUCUAAGGUAUUUUAUUAUUACUUAUUAAUGAUAUCUAAUGCUAAAAUCGGUCCUGAGAGGAAGUUCCUUUUCUUGAUGUUCAACUUAGGAAUAAUAAAGUGUAAAGUCCGGCACAACACUGCUUUCACUGUAUCAACAGUCGCUGGGGACUUUUGUUCCAUAAAUCUAUAUAUAUAUAUAUCUUCCACACGCACAGCUUAUAUGAAAUUGUAAAAACAAUUACACACACAAAACACAACUGACGUCUCCACGUGGGGACAGGCGUUAUCCUUUAAAUGUCUGUCUGUGGGUACGAGCGACCUCACUACUCAACAUAUCAAACGCUUCUCUUGGGGUCAACAAACAAAAGACAAAAACUCUUCAUUGCAUCAGCCUGCCCAUUAGUCCGUGAUAUCAGCCAGAUCCAAACAUUGGUCACAGUAAUUACGACAUAGAAUCAGAAAUAUCCCCCGGCAGGGUGCAUUGUGCCCUCCUUUCGUUGACUCCAAGGGAGUGCUCUGUGUCGUCUGCUCUAAAUACAAUUCUGUAAACAUUUAGCGUAUCUUGUUUAUGCUUCAAAGUCUUUUUUUCAAAUACAACUCCAAAAUUGUAAAUCUUAAUUAAAUGUUUAACAUGCCAUAAAGAAUAGUUACAAAUUAAAUUGACUUACUUUCACUUAUGAGAGUAUUUAUAUAUGAUUUAUUAUAAACGAAUAUGUUUCUGCAUGAAUGGAUGAUCAAAUUUUCAUGAAUGGACAAAACAUUUAGAGAACACUCUACACGUUUACUUUUCAAUGGGCAAAUUUUCUGGUAAUUGAUACAAAGGCACUUAACCAAAUAUAUGUAUAUCUAGGUAAAGACUAACAACCAAUGAAUUCAGCAGUGAAGAAAAUUUUUCUGGGGCAGUGAAUAAAGAGAUUCCUUUCAUUAUUGUUCCGUGAGUCAUGUCAUCUACACAGACUAAAGCUUGCAUGCAUUCUGAUUGGAUCAGAUUACACAGAGCAGCACGUGACCCGUAGUUUUGUUUGUUUGUGUCUGCAAUAAAAUGUGGUUCACCGCACACGACCUACACACUGUGUAAGAGUCGUGCUCGAGAAACUUCUUCUAAAACGGGGUUUUUCUACGCUUUAAAAAAAAUCUCUAAUGGUGUCUCUUCGGCAUUAUUUGAUUUAAUUUUACUGUCCAGUCAUUUCUAGAAUAAGCUUCAGUGAAAAUUAUUUUAAACAAGUAGACCGUUUAAUUUAUGUUUUCUUUCUUUUGCUCUGGUCUUGUGAAAUAAACACAAAGUCUAUUCACAUUACGAUCAGAGGUAUUAGUUUCUCCUUCUGCAACAAAUAGUGUAUUUUCGGUUUCAUUAUAUUUGUGUAUUCCGACCAGCCGACCAUUGUACAGACAGGUCUAAAUUUGUACAUGAAAGGAAUCGAAAGUAGGAAGAGAAGGGAAAAGCCUGUGACUGUCCAAGAUAUUUCGAUGUUUUACGUCAGGAGAAAUAGAUGGCCUCUCUGGUCCUACUACCGAGACCUGACGAGAAUUAUAAACCGUUUGUGAGGCCAUGGUAAUGGCAGGCUUUGCGAGACGCAGGAAUAAACAAGUAGUGAAACGUAAUUGGUCAACUUCCUCCUGGCAUCGGCGCCGCCGUUGAAUGAUAUUAAUGUGAACACCAGUGAACAGAUCACAAACUGAAGAUGCCUACCCGUGACCCAUUUCUCGAACUUUUAGUGGGAUAUCAUAACUUCAAAACAUUCCUUACUUUACAAAUAAGGUAAUCAUGGGAUAGUUGUCUGCUUGUUCGUGCCACAGGGAUUUCUAACUUAGGUCUUGCAAAUGUUGCCUCGUCUGAUUUUGUUUCGAGGCUUUAUAACCCCUCGACAUGGAGAUAGAAAAUGUAUGGAGAAAGAGGAGCAAGCGACCGAACACCGUCAACUUAGCUGUCAAGAGAGCAGCUCGACGACAUUCUACCCAAACAAAGUGUUCAUCAGAAAUGUCGCCCCGUGUGUAAGUAGAGAACUGCUUGUGAGCUACCUGGAGAAUGUCACUGGACAGACUCACAUCAACCUACUGUACAGUGAUGAGCCUGGUGAUGUCCUCGCCACCUUUACAAGGAGAAUAGAUUUCGAAAAAGUAAAGAAACGAUGCCAGUCAAAGCUACUGAAUGAAAGACAGUUGGGGGUGUGGAGGGUACCAGUCUCUAACAGCAUCCUCGUGGAGAACCUCAGCCCAGAAUCAGAUCCUGAACAUGUAUCUUGCUACUUUGAAACCCCGCGGGCCAACGGUGGUACAGUACUUGAAGUGAAACCUACACCAGACGAAAACAAAUUUAUCGUCGUCUUCAAAGAUGCCAAAACAACUGAGGGCGUCCUGAAGGCAACUCACAGACUUGGAGGCCGGGAGCUGCGGGUCUCGCUCUAUCUGGAAUGUCUGGGACCCUCAGGAGGCAGAACAGAGCCCUACAUCUUUGUCCCUCCCCCUCCUGUGGAGGUGACAGAAGCAGACGAUCUGAAAGUUUGUUUUCUCAGACACAGCGCCGACAUAUUGCAGAGCUUCAACGAGAGUCUUUCAGAGGUUCAUGGCCAAGCCACAGUAGAGGGACAUGUACUUAGGGUGGACUGUACCCUCACAGGAUCAAUGUACAGAGUCGACCUAAUGGCUGGGAGAUGGAGGGAAAAUGUCAAGAGGCAGCUGACGAUUUGUUUUGACUCAAUCAGACUUCAGAGAAUAGCAGUGCAUCCAGAAAUAUGGGAAAAUGUAAAGAAGGCUGUGGAAGAGUCUGAAGUCAGCUGUAGUGAUCUCAUCUUAACUUUUGUAGAAGAGCAUAGCUUUGUGGUGCUGGGAAGACGCAACACUAAGACAGUUGCAUUCGAACAAAUCCAAAGCAUUAUUAAAGUCAAAACGGAAGAGUGUGAGCUAAAGAAACUAGAAGUAAGUGACACCAAAAAGGUCAGGAAACAUCACCUUGAACUCGUGAAGUCAUCGUCCUUUCUUUCAGACAUCAGAACACUCCAUACGGGUCUCACGGUAGACAUCAGCUUGGAACACGGAGAAAUCACUCUGCAAGGUCAGCCUAUGGCGAUACUAGACGCACAGGUGAGAAUGUAUGAUCUCAUUCAUUCGUUCUCUACAAAGGUGGUGACUAGUAUUCCUCAAGCUCAACGAGACCUUCUGGCCACUGAGAAAUCUCAUGAAGCAGUCAUGAAAAAACUCGAAGCAAAUGGACUGACUGCAGCAUGGGAAUGUCACAGUGAAGCAAUUGUGGUCUACAAUCUGAACAAACAUUGGCUUGACCCCGCUGCUUGCAUAAUAGAAACAUCAUUUAAGAGCGAAAUCUUAUUUUUUAAUAAACUAUCUUCAAGAGCUUUCGAAGAAUCCCAAUGGGAUUCACAGAAAAAGAUGCUUGUACAGAGACUAUCAUGGACUACUGGAAUCAGCAGACAAAAGAGCAGCAUUUUCAUCACAUCUUUCUGUGACAUUCAUGCCUGCUGUCAAAGGCGCAAUCAGAGCUUUUAUCUCCGAAAAUACGAUUUACACUGCUGUACUCGAACUUUCGCCAAGUCGACAGAAAUAUUUGGCCCUUUUCUGGGAAGAGAAGAUCUUACCUACUGCUCAGAAGUUCGCGCAAUAUAAAGUGCAUAUCACACUCCAAGAUGACAACAGAAGUAUUCUCAUUAGAGGAACAUACAAAGGUGUUGAGCUUGUGAAAGAGGAAUUCAUUUCUCUCUCAGACCAAAUCAUCUGUAAAGAAGAAUCGAUCACGAGACCAGAAACCGUCAGAUACAUUGCUGCUCUAAAGACCACAAAGGAACUGGAAGCAAUUGCUUGCACUUGCAAGUGUGUCGUGUCCCUUCACCCAGAGAAAUGCGAAAUUAAGACCUUGUCUACAAACCAACCGUCUGGCAGUCCUCAGGUGUACGCAGUAACCGGGGACAUCACUCAGCUGGCGGUGGACGCAGUUGUCAAUGCAGCCAACAGUCUCAUGGACCAUGCCGGUGGUCUGGCCGGACAAGUCGUUGCUAAAGGAGGCCAGGAAAUACAGGAAGAGUGUUAUCACAUUCUCAAAACCAGAGGCAAGCUGUCAGAAGGCGAUGUACUGGUGUCAGGACCAGGGAACUUCCCUGCAAGUCCAUCAUCCACGCUGUGGGACCUCGGUAUAAGGGAGGCAACAAAGGGGAAGAAGAAUGUCUUCAGGCCACAGUGAUGGAAUGUCUGAAGACGGCUUCUGAUUUACGCUACACUUCCAUUGCUUUUCCAGCCAUCAGCUCUGGGAUUUUCGGAUACCCUGUUAGGGAGGCAACUCGUGUGAUAGUUGAGGCUGUGACAUCUUUCUUGGAUGCCAACCAUGACACUAGCAUCCGGGAUGUCCGACUGGUUGAUAUUGUCACCAGCACAGUUCGACAUUUUCAAACAGCUUUAGACACAAUACAGAAAAGAAACAAGUUGUUUCCUAAUCAGCAAGCUGCCUGGACUAUCGGAGAUGCUGUAGCAGAAGGAAUGCUUACAACGAUGUCGCCGAAUCAGCCAUGUGACAGCCCUAACAUAAAAGCUGUAAUAGCAGACAUCACUCAGCUGUCAGUUGACGCCAUUGUCAAUGCAGCCAAUGAAGAAAUGAAUCAUGCCGGAGGACUGGCUGGACAAGUCGUUGCAAAAGGUGGUCAAGAAAUACAAGAAGAAUGUUCUCGUAUUCUAAGAGUCAAAGGCAAGCUGUCAGAAGGCGAUGUGCUGGUGUCAGGACCAGGGAAGCUUCCCUGCAAGUCCAUCAUCCACGCUGUGGGACCUCGGUAUAAGGGAGGCAACAAAGGGGAAGAAGAAUGUCUUCGGGGACACAGUGAUGGAAUGUCUGAAGACUGCUUCUAAUUUACGCUACACUUCCAUUGCUUUUCCAGCCAUCAGCUCUGGAAAUUUCGGAUAUCCCGUUGGGGCAGCAACUCGUGUGAUAGUUGAGGCUGUGACAUCUUUCUUCAGUGCCAACCAUGACACUAGCAUCCGGGAUGUCCGACUGGUUGAUAUUGUCACCAGCACAGUUCAACACUUUCAAACAGCAUUAGACGCAAUGGGAGAAAGAAACAGGUUUUUACUUGCCCAAAAAGCUCCUGGACUAUCGGAGAUGCUGUCACAGAAGGAAUGUCCACGACGCCUACAACAAUGUCGCCGAAUCAGCCAUGUGACAGCCCUAACAUAAAAGCUGUAAUAGCAGACAUCACUCAGCUGUCAGUUGACGCCAUUGUCAAUGCAGCCAAUGAAGAAAUGAAUCAUGCCGGAGGACUGGGUGGACACGUCGUUGCUAAAGGUGGUCAAGAAAUACAAGAAGAAUGUUCUCGUAUUCUAAGAGUCAGAGGCAAGCUAUCAGAAGGCGAUGUGCUGGUGUCAGGACCAGGGAAGCUUCCCUGCAAGUCCAUCAUCCACGCUGUGGGACCUCGGUAUAAGGGAGGCAACAAAUGGGGAAGAAGAAUGUCUUCGAAACACAGUAAUGGAAUGUCUGAAGACGGCUUCUGGGUUACGCUACACUUCCAUUGCUCUUUCCAGCAUCAGCUCUGGGAAUUUUGGAUACCCUGUUGGGCUAGCAACUCGUGUGAUAGUUGAGGCUGUGAGAUCUUUCUUCAGUGCCAACCAUGACACUAGCAUCCGGGAUGUCAGACUGGUUGAUAUUGUUCUAGCACAGUUCAACACUUUCAAACAGCUUUAGACAUGGAAUGGUGUAGAGAGACGUCUGCUGAAUACAAUGGUGCAGAAGAAACUUCUAAGCAGCGUGUGGAUUACCUACAAAGUUCGCAUUCAGGUAGAUCGCCCUUUUUCCUGUCUCGGAAAAAAACAAAAGCCCACGAUAAAGCCAGACAGUUUGGCGACCUUCACGCUGAGGAAAUUUCGAAAAACUUCACAGCGGAAAUCGUGGAGGCUACAGAUUUUGGUGUAUUUUCGAUUGAUACGAUUCCGGUUCCACAGGAAGUCUGUAAGCUAUACAUCUAUGCAGCAAACCAGGAAAAGAUUGAAGAAUUCUUCAAGGAACUGACUAAUUUUGUGGAUGAACACGUUGUAAAACAGAGAUGAAAGACUUUGACAAACUGUCACAUGACAAGCUUAUGGAAAUAUGCAAGAAACAUAAGGUGGAAGUGAGCAUGGAUACCGUCAUAACCGUGAAAGGCAUGUCGAAAGAUGUUCAGCUGAUGGAAAAGGAGAUACAAAGCAUCCUCAAGGAAAUAGAAAGCAAACAGCAAGCCAGCAGGAUUGCAGGCCUGGUUUGUUGGUACACUCUUGAGGUAACAGCCACUGGAAAGUGGCGUGUCCCGUUCAACGAAAGAGAAAAUCUGAUGACAGAAGACGCCUACCAGAAAAACGAGGGUACAGUUGAGUUUGCUCAUGCCAAUGGUACUGUGUACGUCGUCAACCUCAAGGAAAUGACACGCAGUUCAAAGGUGAACCCAGCGGACACUGUCAAAGUCAUUAGGAACGUUAAAGCAGACUGGGCCAGCUGCUCUUUCCUGCCUGAGACAUGGGACCCACAGGACAAAGCGGAGCUGGUCAAGCGCGUGCCUCUGGUCAAAGGAUGUCCAGAGUACAACAGCGUAGAAGCCAACAUGAUGAAGACUACAGCCUAUUCCCUUCAGCACCUCUUCCACUAUCAUUUCUAUUGAGCGGAUCCAAAAUCCUGAGCUGUACAAGCAGUAUCUUGCUAGAAAAACACAAAUGGACAAACAAAACAACGGAAUGCAGUCAGAGAAAACCUUGUGGCAUGGCACCUCGUCAAACGCCAUAGAGAAUAUUAACCUUCACGGUUUCGACCGCGGCUUCUGUGGGAAAAAUGCUACUCGCUAUGGACUGGGUGUAUAUUUCGCCGUGAACUCCUGGUACUCCAUGCAACGACACUUACUCUACCAGAGACUACGCUGGAUCAAAACACAUGUACCAGUGCAAGGUCCUGGUAGGGUACUCAACAAACGGGUACGGUGGCUUGAAAGUCUUGCCGACAAGGCAUGGAAACUUGUCCAGUAUGACUCAGCAACUGACAACGAACUCAACCCAUCGAUGUACGUCAUCUUCCAUGAUAGCCAAGCCUACCCGGAGUAUCUCAUCACCUUCCGGUGAUUGGAUUGUGUGAUGUUUGUAUGGUACAAGUCUCAGCUGCUACUGGGCCCAUGGCGGAAAAGCCAUUGAUAGCUCACUGGGCCUCGAACAGACUCUCUUUACUUCUCACCAAUAUUUAUGAAGUGAUAAGACUAUUCUGUGUGAUAAGGUAUGAAAGCUUUUUUUGUUCAGCGAAAUAUACACCCUGUCCGUAAAAGUUUUACUCUUUCCCUUACUUAUUCUCUCUCUCACUCUCUGCUUCUGCAGAGCAAUUCUUUUCGAUUUUAUUCUUUCACUAUAUGAUGUUAUGUCUUUUGAUAAUUUAUUUUAAAGUUGUUUCAUCAAUUUGGUCUCUUGUGAUGGUCAAUGGAAGCGAUGUUUCAGUAAACUUAAAGUAUUAAUCAUCAUGUGAUGUUUGAUUGUCAUGAUGUGAACUGAAUAAAGAAACGACUAACUGGUGUGUUGUCUUCUCUUAGA